CCAAACCUUUUUCCUUCUUUGUUAGUUUUUUCUUUUGAAAAAAAUUUCCCAAUUCUCAUAAUCGAACCCUAAUUUCCCUUCAAUUGGUUUCCGCUCUGAAAUUUGAGGGUUCCAAUUCUCUUUCUCUCGCUCUGGUUUUUGUUUAUAUUGGUUCAAUUAGGCUUUGAUUUUAGGUUUUUAUUCAAGAAUUUUAUGGUCCAAAAUAUGCUGAUAAAGCUACGGCUGAGCCUGGGUUAGACUUGAAAGUUUCGAGCUUCGUUGAUUUUAGAAAUUUCGGUAUGGGAUUUGGGUCUUUCCGUGUUUGUUUUGUCGGCUGCCGGUUCCGCGUCCGAUCGGCAUUCGAUUCCUACUCCGCCGCUAGUGAAGCAUUCUCUGAAAAGUGCCUUCGUUCUAUUGCUUCUGCCAGGAUAAAGGUUCUCUAAUAGCGAUUGAGAUUCUAGUUUGAUUUUUUUUCCUUUUCUCUUUGCCCCUCCAAAAGAUUUCCUUUUCUUUUUCUUCUUCUUCUUCUUCUUUUUUCGUGGGGUUUGGUAUGGAUAUGCGUGCAGCUGUGACACGUGGAACUUUGGAUUCUGGGUUUGAUGAUAUUGUGGAGAAGGAUCCAACUGGACGGUAUUUGCGGUAUGGAGAAGUCUUGGGGAGGGGAGCAUUCAAGACUGUAUAUAAGGCAUUUGAUGAAGUUGAUGGAGUAGAGGUAGCUUGGAACCAAGUGAGCAUUGAGGAUUUAAUGCAGACACCGGACCAGUUGGAAAGAUUGUAUUCAGAGGUUCAUCUGCUCAAGUCACUGAAACAUGAAAAUAUUAUGAAGUUUUGUUACUCAUGGGUGGAUGAUACGAACAAGACUAUCAAUAUGAUAACGGAGCUGUUUACAUCUGGCAGUUUAAGAAUGUACCGUAAGAAGCACAAAAAUGUUGAUAUGAAAGCUAUCAAGAAUUGGGCUAGACAGAUUCUACGAGGAUUACACUAUUUGCACUCUCACAAUCCUUGUAUUAUCCAUAGAGAUUUAAAAUGUGACAACAUAUUUGUUAAUGGAAAUACUGGAGAAGUUAAAAUUGGAGAUCUUGGAUUGGCAAUAGUCAUGCAGCAGCCCACUGCCCGCAGUGUUAUUGGCACUCCUGAGUUUAUGGCUCCAGAGCUUUACGAAGAGGAGUACAAUGAACUCGUCGACAUAUAUUCUUUUGGCUUGUGCAUGUUAGAAAUGGUUACAUGUGAAUACCCUUACAGUGAAUGCAGAAAUCCAGCUCAGAUUUUUAAGAAGGUUACCAAUGGAAUAAAGCCAGCUUCCCUUAGCAAAGUUAAUAAUCCUGAAGUCAAGCAGUUCAUAGAGAAGUGUCUGGUUCCUGCAUCUAUGAGAUUGCCUGCAAUUGAGCUUUUGAAAGAUCCAUUUCUUGCUACGGAAACUCCUGUGAAUCUGAAUCAGAAACCUAAAGGGAUACCUACUGUCACCCCUGAAUUAGUUAACUCGCCACGUGCUCAAUGUUUUCCAAUGAAUUGUGAACCACAACGCUCUGAAUGUCGCCCAAUGGACGUAGACUCUAUCAGCAAAAAGCAGUCUAUUGGUUCAGUUGUGAGAAGUGCCGGUGGCAUGUCUAGUAUUUCGAGUGCAGAACUAUGGAAGUACACUCAGAAUAAUGAAUUCAGGUUAAUGGGGAAGAAAGAUGAUGAUAAUACAAUUUCAUUAACUUUGCGCAUUGCUGAUGCUUGUGGCCGGGUAAGGAAUAUCCAUUUCGCAUUCUAUCUUGAUUCUGACACCACGGUCUCAAUUGCUGGAGAGAUGGUUGAGCAACUUGAUCUCUCGAAUGAAGAUAUUAGUGUCAUAGCUAUGUUGAUUGACAACUUAAUCGGGGAGCUCGUGCCCAGCUGGAAAGUUGCCUCUGGAACCUUGUCAACUGGAACAAAUAGCUCAACUGGGGAUUGUUCUUUACUUCUAAAUGACGAAAGAUGUUCUUGGGAUUCAGGAUUGAUCGCGUGUUUUUCCCACGAUAUUGACAGGCAUCAUAUUCUCGAACUGAGGCAAGUGGAAAAUCAAGAAAACCAAGGUUCAAAUAUAUCAGCCGAGUAUGGUGAAAAUAAUUUUAAAGCUUUGGAGUCGUACAAACUUGAUGAACUCCUCAAGGGACCAGAAGGAGAUGAGUACAAUCAUGAGCAGGAAGAGAGUAGUCGUGAAGGUAAACUUGGUGAAUCUGUGGUGAUCAAUGUGACCGGAAAGAGCUCUGCGCUCUCCUAUUAUGAUUCAUGCUCUGACUUAUGGGAAAAUUUUAGCUUGUCAAGCAUACGCUCCUUGUCUCUUGGAGAGAACAAUCAUUAUUAUGAGCUAAAGCAGGAGCUUGAUGCAAUCGACACUCAGUAUCAGCAAUAUUGUCUUGAACUCUUGAAACUGAGGGAACAAGCUAUAGAAAAUUCGAAAAAGAAGUGGAUAAUGAAGAAAAAAGUAGCUGCUGCUUAAUUUUUUUUGCUUGAUUUGUUUGAUUCUUGCUUCUUCUUUUAACUCAAUAUUUUCCCUGAUUACAUUGUGGGAAUGAUUUGUUUUCAUUAUUUGUUCGUUUCUUUAAAAUGUGAUGAAUUUCACUGGUUUUCUUUAAUUAUUAUUGAAUAUUAUAAUUCA